CAUAAUGGCAGGUGAAGAAAUAAAUGAAGAUUAUCCAGUAGAAAUUCAUGAGUAUUUAUCAGCAUUCGAGAAUUUCAUUGGUGCUGUGGAUAAGAUGCUCAAGACCAUGAUGCUGUUUCUAGAAAUUUCUGAGUUGUUGCAGAAGGUGGAUCCACUUGAACAAGCAAAAGUGAAUUUAGUUUCCGCGUACACAUUAAAUUCAAUGUUUUGGGUGUAUUUGACAACUCAAGGAGUUAAUACUAAGGAACAUCCAGUAAAGCAGCAAUUGAAAAGAAUCAGAGUAUACGUGAACAGAGUCAAAGAAAUAACAGAAAAUAAAAAGGUUGGCAAGGUGGACAGAUGUGCAGCUUCAAGAUUUGUAAAAAAAAUGCCCUUGGGAACCAAAGCCUAAGAAAUGCAUCAAAAGUUGCCAAUAAAGGGAAAAGUAAAAGUUAACUUUUGAUUUUGAAGUACAUAUAUUCAAAAAGUGCUUUAUUUUUGUUGUUUUCCACAA